AUGCCAGAUUCUAGUGCGGACUUUCAACAAACGGAUGUUGGGCAAGCAAAGAAGAGAGCUAAGAGGCAUGGGAAGAACCUGUAUAGAGGAAUCAGUCAGCGACCCUGGGAAAAAUGGGCUGCCGAGAUUGGUGAUCCAAAGAGUACGACACUUAGAGCAUAUGCAAAGAAGGAACCGAGGCAGCCACAAAUGACAACCUAUAGAACCAAACAAUGCAUAGACCCAUUCAGGAGACUUCAUCUUUGCAAAGGCGCCAUAAGGAACUGGCGUGAGCUACGAAGCAGUCCAAGUGAGACUCUAGGGUCAGUGAAGCGGUGCCGCAGAUCUCGAGGAUUUGGUCCUGCGUUAGACUUGGAUUUGAGAAGGGACAAGGCGGCUCGUGACUUCUGCUUGGAGGAGAAUGGGGUUGAGAAAUCGGGGGCUAGGAUUAUGGAGAGUUUGUGGCGAUGA